AUGAUUUUGCUUUUUCUCAUCGCCGCUGUUCAGUCUGGUGAUGAAAAAGACCCUUCUUCAUCUACAUUUCUAAAUGUAGAUGGACUCCGGGCCUUCUUUUUAGUGGAUAAAGACUCUGGAUCUCUUUAUUUCACUCGAACUAAUUCUGAUGAAUCAUCUGCAACUGAUUUGACAGACUUAACCAUCAUAGAUCCAGUUGUAGUCAUCCAAAAUAGGAAUUACAGAAUAGAAGGAGUGCUAGAUCACGCAUUUUCUUUUUCAAACAAACUUAAGAAAGUGAAUCUAUCUAUACCAAUAAGCAAAUUCGGUGAACACGCCUUUCACAAUUGCACAGAAUUAGAAAUUGUAGAUAUAGAAAGAACGAAUAUCAAAGAAUUACCUUCAAAUACGUUUUCCUAUUGCAGGAAUCUUCAAACGGUGAAACUACCGAAGGAUCUCGUGAAUAUAAGCAAUUUUGCAUUCGCAUUUUCUGGUUUGAAAGAAGUUUUUCUUCCGAAUUCGGUAAAUAAAUUGGAAGAAUCAGCUUUUGAAGAAACUGGAAUAAAUGAAAUCGAUCUAAGCAACACAAACAUACAGAUAAUACCUUCAUCAGCCUUUAAGAAGUGUUUAAAUUUAAAGAAAAUUAAAUUUUCACCAUCAAUUACAAAGAUUCAUUCAUCGGCGUUUUCGCAAAUAGGAAUAGAAUCGAUUGUACUACCUAAAAGUAUCGUAACCAUUCAAAAUUUCGCUUUUUCUGGUUGCCAAAAUUUACAAAAAGUUGAUAUGUCGCAAUUGAAGAUUACCCAUCUAGAUCAAUUCAUAUUCCAAUACUGCUUGAAAUUAACCGAAGUAAUCCUUCCAAAUACAAUAAAAGUCUUAACAGAUGAUUCUUUUUCUUCUACAGGCCUCAAAUCAUUUUCGCUUUCAAGCCAUGCCGUCUCUAUCGGUAAGAAUACACUAAAGAACUGCCAAAACCUGAAAACAAUUGACCUUUCUGAAUCAAUAAUCACGGAAAUUCCGAAUUCCUUUGCUUUUGGCUGCUACAACCUAGAGACAAUUAAAUUCAAUACGAAAAUCACUACAAUUUCAGAUAAUGCCUUUGCAAAUACAAAAAUUUUGGAAAUAAUUUUUCCAAAUUCUCUGACAAAUAUUGGUUCCAAAUCAUUUUUCAAUUGCACAAACCUCACAGAAAUCGAUCUCAGCUCAACGAAAGUCUCCAAAAUAGGAAAUUUCACGUUUUCUAACUGUAUUAAUCUGAAAUCAGUUACAUACUCACAAGAGAAGGUCAAACUUGGUCAUUUCACAUUCUCUAAUACUGGAUUUGAACGUGUAACUAUCGGAGAUGACAUUGUUUCGCUUGGAAACGGAACUUUUUCAAAUUGUAAGCGAUUAAAGGAAGCAGACCUUUCAAACAUUGUUGUCGAUGCUGUUCCUGCAAUGUCCUUUGAGAAUUGCUCGUCUUUGGGCGAAAUUUCUUUCCCAGAUUAUCAAUUAAUCAUUGGAGAGAGAGCUUUCUCAGGAAUUGCCAUUCAGUCAUUAACUUUGCCUACUACUAUUUCUUAUAUAUCGACUGGAUCGUUCCAAAAUUGCAAGAAACUCAAGAUUUUGCAAUUAUCAAAUAUUAUGUUCGACGAAAUUCCAGAUUACGCCUUCGGAGGCUGCUCAAGCCUAUCAAAAAUAGUAUUCACACAAGGUGCUCUCAAGCUUGGAGCUGGAUCUUUAAGCGGAACCGCGAUUACGAAAUUAAUUUUCCCAAAUUCCAUUUAUUCCAUAGGAAAUUAUUUAUUGAAAGGGUGCUCCAAGCUACAAGAAGUCGAUCUAAGUGACUCUCCAUUCACAACUAUUCCAAAAGGACUGUUUAAAGACUGUAUCUCGCUGAAGAAGGUUGUUUGGCCACUCCAGACCUUUUAUUUGAGCGAUGAAUGUCUUUACAACACUGCUUUUACCAAUUUUACCCUUCCUAUCAAUUGCGAAAAACUCGGAAACUUCAGUUUAGCGUUUAAUCGACAUUUAUCAUCGGUAAACAUAUCGAAUCUGAAGACACAAAUAGGCAGCCACCUAUUAUACCAAUGCACGAACCUCAGCGAGAUCAUUUUGCCGGAAAAUUUGGAAUAUUCACUUCCGGAAUUCACAUUUAGCGGUACUCUUAUCAAGAACGUAACCUUUGAUAGACGUAUAAAGGGUAUCGGAGUCGGAUGUUUCGAAGGAUGCACAGAACUCGAAAUUAUUAAUAUAUCUCACGUCAGAUUGGACGAAUUGCCAGAAAGACUAUGUAGAAACUGUUCUUCUCUCUAUGAAAUACAUGUGAGUCAUUGGAUUUCUGGAGUUGGAGACUUUUGUUUCGAAAAUUGCGUAAAUUUGACGUUUUUCAAUUUCAAUUGUUCUGCAAUUACAAUUGGCAAACGCUCUUUCUGCAAUACAUCGAUACAAGAGUUCAUUACUUACGAACCUUUGUAUUACAUUGAUUCAUUUUCAUUUUGCAACAAUAAUGCGUUAUACAAAGUUGAUUUCGCAGCAUCAACAAUCACACUCAUAUCAAGCUACUCAUUUGCCAACUGUACAAACUUAACAGACCUAAUUCUCCCUCAGAAUGUCCAUGCAAUUUUGGAUUUCGCAUUUUUCAAUACAAGUGUCACUUUUCUAACAAUUCAAUGGUUUACAUCAGCCAUAGCACCAUAUUCAUUUUCAUCGUGCAAACAGCUUACAACAUUAGAUAUGACUCAAUACACCGUUGAUUCCAUCCCAGAAAAUGUUUUUGAAAAUUGUCUCAAAUUAAAAACAGUUUUGAUACCUAAUACCAUCACUAGGAUACAUCCUACUGCAUUCAAGAACACAAAGGUUACAAAUACAACUGUUUUGAACUUAACAAAUAAAAUACCAAAUGAAAUAAAGGCUGAAAACAAAGAAAAUGAGAUGUUUGUGCCUAAUUAUGGAGUCCCAUUCUAUUAUACGAAGCUGAAUAACAAAGAAAUCGGAAUUGGAAGAGUUUUGUCUAAAAAUGGAAAACAAAUCAUUUAUGGAAAUGCUUAUUGUGGUCAGACAACAGGGUUGACAGUCCAUAUACCAGAAUAUAUCAACAAAAUGCGCGUAACUCAAAUACUUCCUCAUGCUUUUGCAAAUUCCGAAUUUUCUUUAGUAAUUCUACCGAAAUCUAUAGAGAAGAUCGGCGCCUACGCGUUCUCUGAGUGCGAAUUAAUGUCAAUUUCCCUCAAAGAAACAGAAAUCAGAGAAAUUUAUGAACAUUCUUUCUCAAAAUGCAGAGAAUUGAGAUAUGUUUCGCUUCCUACCAAGCUAGAGGUCAUAGGAAAGGCCGCUUUUCAGUCCUGCGACAAAAUUUUGAGGUUUGAUUUUUACGAAAAUCUGAAAACUAUUUCUCCUUACUGUUUCCACUCAUGCCAACUCAUCAGGAAGUUCGAUCUGAGCAAGACUAAACUCACAGUUAUCCCUCAAAGCGCGUUCAGGCACUGUAUUAAAACGAAAUUCCUCUAUUUGCCAGAUUCUUGCACCGAAAUCGAAGACAACGCUUUCAAUAAUAUGAGGGUACUCAAAGAAUUCACUCUUCCUGCUCAAAUUCAAAAAAUUGAUCACAGAGCCUUCAUAAAUUGCGGCUUUCCUGUUCUGAAUAUGAGUAAACUGAACAUAACAGUGAUCAAAAAGGAGAGUUUCAUGCAGUGUGGCCGACUAAAGACCUUGGUUUUGCCAGAUAAGUUAUUAAAGAUAGAAACAAGGGCUUUCUGUCACAGUAGAGAACUGCAAACAGUUGUAUUCCCUCCAACAUUAACAGAAAUACAACAAUCGGCGUUCGAAAACUGCCAAUCUUUGGAUAUAAUUAAUUUAUCCAACACAAAAGUGAAUUAUAUUGCUCCAGAACUCUUCAGAGACUCAACCGAAUUAACAACAGUUAUUUUGCCAACGUUUAUAUUCAAAAUUGGCGUGAAAUCAUUCUAUAACUGCAUUUAUUUGAAAUCGAUCAACAUUCCAAGCAGUUUGAACAGUCUUUCCAUGUAUUCAUUCUAUUGUUGUGUCAAUUUGACCAACAUUUCCCUUGAUUCUACAACAGUUGAAAAUAUUCCAGAAUAUUGUUUUGCUUUUUCAGGUUUGAAGUCAUUCAACCCUCCACCGACUCUUCUCAGCAUCAAGAAAUGUGGAUUCUUCAUGUCUCCAGCGUUAGAAACCUUCAAUUUCGUGAAUUCUCUGAAAGAUAUCGAAGAAUCUGCAUUUAGUGGCUGUAUUUCGCUGAAAGAAGCUGAUCUAUCACGAACAAAGGUCAAUUUCCUGCCUUACAAGUGCUUCAACUCCACAAUUUCUCUGAAAAAAGUUGUUUUGCCGAAGAAAUUCAAGAAAUUUGAAAAAGAUUGCUUCGUUAACGCCACGAACCUUGUCAGUAUCAAUCUCAUCGACACACAGACCGAGUAUCUCCCAGAAUCACUGUUCAGCGGCUGUUUCAAACUUUCGAAAUUUUCAAUUCCGAAAUCUGUCAAAGAUAUUGGCAACAGAUGUUUCGUUAACUGCAGAUCGGUCAAGGAAAUCGAUAUCAGCUGGAUGGACAUCGAUUCUCUUGGAAUUGAAGUGUUUUGCAACUGUUCUUCCUUAAUUUCAUUAAAACUGCCACGAAAACUCACCAAACUUGGUGUUUCUUGUUUGUUUGGCACAAAUAUACAGGAGUUCUCCUUCGAAAACACUUCAAUCACUCAAAUUCCUGAAUAUCUUUUUUUGAAUUGCCAUAAUUUGGCAUCAAUCAGGUUUUCUCAACUGAUAGAGAGCAUCGGACACCACGCGUUCUACAACUGCACGAAACUCUCCACAAUUGACCUCUCAAACAUGAAAUUGAAGAGAUUGGAGAAUUCUACCUUCGAAAAAUGUUCAAAACUUAUGACAUUAGUUAUGAGCAGCAUGACUACGAAGGUCGGAUCGAGGUGUUUCGCUCAAACACACCUUACUUCGCUUGAAUCAUUCACGAAUGUGGACAUUUUCAGCGAAGGAUGCUUUUCUGGCUGCAUCCACAUGGACACAAUCAAUUUCGAGCACACGAGGAUUGCAAAGAUCCACGAUUUCUCGUUUGCAAACUGCACGAAUUUGUAUUCAGUGAUUUUGUCAUCAAAAAUUGUUUCCAUUGGAUCUUUUGUUUUCCAGAACACAAUGAUAAAGACACUGAAGAUAACUUCGUCUGUGAAAUUCCUCAUGGACUUCGCUUUCGCAGGAAUGACGAAGUUGGAAAGUGCUGAUAUUUCUGACUGCAGUUUUGAUGCUGCUUCUGAAUAUUGUUUCAAAGGUUGCACGAAUUUGAAGUACUUGAUCCUUAGAGAUCCUACUAUAUACGUGCCUACCACUGCUAUAGAAGACUCGCCUAAGGUUAUGUUGACUUAUAAGAAAUAA